AGUGAAUCCUCUGCUUCUGUGUCUGUUUUCGGGAUCCAGACCUCUGAGCACUGCGCGAUUCUUAUUAGACGAUCAUUAAAGCCGCGACGAUGACCAGCAGCGCGCAUCAGGAGCAGCAUCAGGACCACAGCGUCUCCAAGAAAUCCAUCAUCGCCAGGAUGUUCCGAGUGCGCAAGCGGCGGGAGAUGCUGCUGGCGCAGGUGUGUUUGGUCUGCAGUGUCCUGCUCGUGGCGUGGGGCAUGUCCACCAUCCUGACCGGGACAGGUCAUGGUAUGAUCAUGGAGGAGUGGCACAUGGAGUCACAUGACCAAUGGGGGCGGAGACUGAUGUCAUCGACACCCGAAAACACCACAGAGGAGAAGAACUGCACUGAGCCUGCAAUCCACGAGUUUCCAGAUGAUGCUUUCACCAAUGCUGAACGAAAGAGCGGAGCUGUACUACUUCAUAUUAUAGCGGCGCUCUACAUGUUCCUGGCUCUGGCGAUCGUGUGUGACGACUACUUCGUGACGUCUCUGGAGAAAAUCUGUGAGAAGCUGAAUCUGAGCGAGGAUGUGGCUGGUGCAACGUUUAUGGCUGCGGGAAGCUCAGCACCUGAACUCUUCGCUUCGGUUAUAGGUGUCUUCAUCACUCAUGGUGAUGUAGGAGUGGGAACUAUCGUGGGAUCUGCCGUCUUCAAUAUCCUCUGCAUUAUUGGUGUUUGUGGGAUCUUUGCCGGGCAGGUGGUCUUACUAACCUGGUGGGCUGUUUUCCGUGACUCUUUCUUCUACAUAUUGUCUGUAGUCGCCCUGAUUGUGUUCAUCUACGACGAAAAGAUUGUGUGGUGGGAGAGUCUGGUGCUGGUGGUCAUGUAUGCCUGUUAUAUCCUCAUCAUGAAAUUUAAUGCAAGCAUGCAGAAGUUUUUCACAAGAAAGGGGAACAAGAAUGUUGCGAAUGGAAACGCAGCGGCCGGCAGUGAACUGGAGGACGUCAAGACCAGUAAGAUUUACAGUCGCGGUUCAGUGGUGAUGGUGGAUGAAAUCAUCAAUGCCAGUCCACCAAAUUACCGUUUCCCUGAAGCCGGUCUGCGUGUGAUGGUCACAAACCACUUUGGACCCAAGACUCGUCUGCGUAUGGCCAGUCGCCUGAUUAUAACAGAGCGCCAGAGGUUGGUCCAGUCUGCUAACGGUGUGGAGACGGCUGUGGUGGAUGGAAAACCAGACAUAGAGAAUGGAAACGUACCAGAAGACAAAAGCACAGAGGAGAAAGAGAGUGAACUCACCACACCAUUCAGAUUACCAGCUGGCUGUAUGAACAGAACUAAAUGGCUGAUCUCUUGGCCGCUGUUGUUGAUCCUGUUUUUCACCAUCCCGAACUGUGCCAAGUCUCGCUGGGAGAAAUACUUCAUGCUCUCCUUUAUCCUCUCCACUGUCUGGAUCGCCGUCUUCUCAUACUUCAUGGUGUGGAUGGUGACAAUUAUUGGAUAUACGCUGGGCAUUCCUGAUGUCAUCAUGGGAAUCACAUUUCUGGCUGCGGGAACGAGCGUCCCGGACUGCAUCGCCAGUCUGAUCGUGGCUCGUCAGGGUCUGGGAGACAUGGCCGUGUCCAACACUAUCGGCAGUAAUGUGUUUGACAUUCUGGUGGGUCUCGGUGUCCCAUGGGCUCUGCAGACCAUGGCCGUCAACUACGGAUCAGUCGUGAUGAUCAACAGUCGGGGUCUGCUGUAUUCGGUUGUGCUUCUUCUGGGAUCCGUCGCUCUCACCAUUCUGGGGAUUCACCUGAACCACUGGAAGCUGGACUUUAAGCUGGGUGUUUAUGUGCUGCUGCUGUACGCCGUCUUCCUCUGCUUCUCCAUCAUGAUCGAAUACAACGUCUUCACCUUCGUCAACUUACCCAUGUGCCGGGAAGACUAGAAACCACGCCAUGUCUCACAACGCACCAUUCUGACGCCACGAUCACCGCAAAAACUGGAUGAAUGUGAGUCGUCAACAACACUAACGCUCGACUGAAAAUCCUUCAACGGGUCUCGCUUUUCACUGUGGAUGGAUUGGAUCUUUCUGAUAAGCUAAUUUUUUGCCACUGGUUUUCCCGGAAAGAGGAACUUCUCCUUGGCAGCUUUUCUCUCUUCCAGUUGAGGAUCUUUAAUAUUCCCAAAAAUGCAUUAUGGAAAACGUGGAUUGCGCCAGGAGGGUAGAUAAAUAUUCGCUCUUUUCUACAUGCUGUUUUCUACACUGAUUCAAGUUAAUUUAUUUGUGUUUGUUAUAAGUGUUUGUUUGUUUCUCAGUUUUUUGGCCAGUGACCAGUGGAUGACAUUAAUUGGUGGCUCCACCCACUAUAAUAUUUUAUCUUUUGUCCAAAUAUUUGCAUUUGCCGAACAGUAGAGGAAAUUGACUAGUGGCUCCACCCACUGUGAUAUUUAAUUGGUCCAAAUAUAUGCUUAUAUAGACCAGUUAAGUAAAAUUAACUGGUGGCUCCACCCACUAUGACAAUUAGGUUUAACUGGUGGCCUACUUACUUUGACCUCUCAUUGGUUUAAAUAUUUGCAUAUGUAGACUCAUGGAGAAAAUUAACUGGGGGCUCCACCCACUUUAACAUCUUAUUGGUCUGCAUAUUUGCAUAUGUAGACCAGUAGAGGAAAUCAACAGUUCAUUUAUUGAUCAAAAUAUAUGCAUAUGCAAACCAGUGGAGGAAAUUAACUGGUGGCUCCACCCACUAUGACCUCUCAUUGGUCCAAAUAUUUGCAUAUGCAGACCAAAUUAAGGAAAUUAACUAGUAGCUCCACCCACUAUGUCCUCUCAGUGGUCAAAACAUUUGCAUAUGCAAACCAGUUGAGGAAAUUAACUCCACUUAAUUGGCUCCACCCACCAUGACCUCUCAUUGGUCCAAAUAUUUGCAUAUGCAGACCAAAUUAAGGAAAUUAACUAGUAGCUCCACCAACUAUGACCUCUCAUUGGUUCAAAUAUUUACAUAUGUAGAUCAGUUAAGGAAAUUAAUUGGUGGUCCGCCAACUAUAACAUCUCAUUUGUCCAAAUAUUUGCAUAUGUAUACUAGAAGAUAAAAUUAACUGUUGGCUCCACCCACUAUGACCUCUCAUUGGCUCAAAUAUUUGCAUAUGUAGACUAGUUAUGGAAAUUAAUUGGUGGCCUGCCAACUAUAACAUCUUAUUGGUCCAAAUAUUUGCAUAUGCAAACUAGUAGAGAAAUGAACUGGUUGUUCAACUAGUGGAGGGGAUGAACUGGUGGCUCCACCCACUAUGACCACUCAUUGGUCCAAUAUUUACAUAUGUAGACCAAAUGGAGAAAAUUAACUAGUGGCUCCACCCACUUUACCAUCUUAUUGGUUUACAUUUUUGCAUAUGUAGACCAGUGGAGGAAAUUAACUGUUGGCUCCACACACUAUAACAUCUUAUUAGUCCAAAUAUUUGCAUAUUUAUACCAGUAGAGAAAAUUAACUGGUGGCUCCACCCGCUAUGACCUCUUAUUUGUUCAAAUAUUUGCAUAUGUUUGCUAGUGGAUGAAAUUAAUUAUUGGCUCCACCCACUAUAAAAUCUUAUUGGUCCAAAUAUUUGCAUAUGUAGACCAGUAGAGAAAAUUAACUGGUGGCUCCACCCACUAUGACCUUUCAUUUGUCCAAAUAUUUGCCUAUGUAUACUAGAGGAUGAAAUUAACUGUUGGCUCCACCCACUAUGACCUCUCAUUGGCUCAAUUAUUUGCAUAUGUAGACCAGUUAAGGAAAUUAAUUGGUCGCUCCAGCCACUGUGAUGUCUCAUUUGUCCAAAUAUUUGCAUAUGUAUACCAGUGGAGGACAAUAACUGGUGGUUACGCUCACUGUGACCUCUCAGUGGUCCAAAUAUUUGCAUAUGUGUACUAUUUGAAGGAAUUAAUUGGUGGCUCCACCCACUAUAACCUCUCAUUGGUCUAAAUAUUUGCAUAUGUAGGCCAGUAGAGGAAAUUAACAGUUGGCUCCACCCACUAUAACAUCUGAUUGGCACAAAUAUUCGCAUAAAUAGCCCAGUUAAAGAAAUAAACUUUUGGCCCCACCUACUGUAACAUCCUAUUGGUCCAAAUAUUUGCAUAUGCAGACCAGUUGGGGAAAUUAACUGGUGGCUCCACCCCCUAUGACCUCUCAAUGGUCCAAAUUUUUGCAUAUGUAGACGAGUGGAGGAAAUUGACUGGCUCCACCCAAUAUGAUAUUUAGUUUGUCCAAAUAGAUGCAUAUAUAGACAAGUUAAGUACAUGUAACUGGUGGCUCCACCUAUUAGACCUCUCAUUGGCCUAAAUAUGUGCAUAUGUAGAUCAGUGGAAGAAGAUAGCCAUCAACUCCACCCACUAUAACAGCCCAUUGGUCCAAAUAUGUGCGUAUAAAGCAUUAAGAAUGCUAAUUGUUGCAGCAUGCAAAACAGUGUUUCCUUUUUGGUCUUAUUUUUCAGUAAUAUAAUAGUCAAUACAAGAUAAUUUUACCCAUAAUUAUUUUUAAGGGUAAAUCUGACUAAAUGUAGUCACAUCAGUAUUUUCGAUCUUGUUUUCCAAAUCUAAACAUCAUUAAAACAAGAUAGAUUUACUUGAAAAAGAUAAAUAAGUAGCCAAAUAAUUAGCAAAUUGUCUUCAUCAAGUCUACAUAAGUUUAUGUGUAAAAAAAAGAAGAUAUUUAUGCAAAUAAAAUGAAAGUAUUACACAUCAUGCACUUUUAUUGUAAUGUGAAUUA